ACACAACCACAGUAUUCAUUACACUACUGUCGGUUGUCCUGUUUAUUUUGUACAUGUUCAGCCCCGCCCUGCAGACGCGCUGAUAUCACGCAGUUGCGUAAUUUGACAAGCCAGCGCAAAAUAGGCAGAAUGAACGUUUGACAGCUGGCUCUUUUUUGCUCGUACAGAUUGUUCGAAAAACAAAAAGAAAUACCUAUGCUUAAUUUAUUUGUCAAAGAUUUCGGAUAGUUAGACUGUACCCUCUGCUUUUAUGGCUGCUGCCGUGAGGAAUAAUGUUUGGGUUGCUCCGGGGCAGGACGCGCAGUUUCUCCAUAAAACCACCGCGCCACUGACAGCCGACGGUCUGAGAGGUGAAGAUCAUGGACUCGGUAACACGAGGGAUGCCAUCCCAGGAACUUCCUCUUUUCAUGAUUAUAAUUUGGGUAAAUCUGAGAUGGACAGCUACCUGUCUCCGCACCAACAAGACAUAGUCAAUUCCAAAAUGCGCAGGGACAGCGCUCUGAUGCUGGAUCCACCUUACACCGAGGACUUUGCCUCCCCGUACAGCGUCAACAUGAGCCUCCUCCUCCCUGAUGUCACAUACCUGCACCCUGGUCUCUGCAGGACUAUGAGACAGAUCAAAACAGAGCCGUCUCACUCCCUGAUGCACCCCACCUGUCAGGGCAACAACGCAGUGCCAGCAACAGUCCCAGAGUACCCAGGUGUUUUCACUGCAGCUGACACCGCUAGCGGUAAAUUCUUCAUUAAACAGGAAGUGCCAGAUUUCCAGGAUGUCCCCCUGUUUCAGCUUUUGAACUCUGACUUGGAGCAGCUCGUUCACGGGUCACAGCUGAACUCCAUGGCCCCUUUAAGUCAUCCUGUCGGGAACAUCCACGUGGGCUCAUUGCAGAGUUCUGGUAAACCCACCAGCAGCCCUCAGAAUGGAUGUUUCCCAUUCAAUCGACACUUAGGCCAUCAGCAAAGACCAACCUAUUUGCCACCCUCCCCGCCAAACUCUGACCCCCCAAGUCCAGACCGGGGGAAGGAGCUCCUGCACAAUCUGUCCCCGCCUCCCUCCUAUGAAGCCAGCAUCGCCUCUAAGUUAACUUUUCAGACCCAUAAUCCCAUUGAUCCAGGACAGACUGCGAGUGUAGCUCCGAUCCAAAAUCCAGAUCAGACUUCCAGUGCUGGAUUAGUCCAAAGCCCAGGUCCUUCACAAGUCCAGCGUUCGAGCCUGACUCCAGUUCAGACAACGCCCAGUGUUGGCCCACUGUCUCCAGUGUUGGCCCAGUCGGCUCCAGCUAAAUACAACAGAAGGAACAAUCCAGAUCUGGAGAGACGGCGGAUUCAUCACUGUGAUGUUCCAGGGUGCAAGAAAGUAUACACCAAGUCUUCUCAUUUAAAAGCCCAUCUACGGACCCACACAGGAGAGAAGCCGUACCAGUGCUCCUGGGAGGGAUGUGAGUGGCGCUUUGCCCGUUCUGAUGAGCUGACUCGCCAUUUCAGGAAACACACGGGGGUGAAGCCUUUCCAGUGUUGUGUGUGUAACCGCUGCUUCUCUCGCUCUGAUCACCUGGCCCUACACAUGAAGAGACACCAGAGCUAGAAAGCCCUCUCCUGCAAGUCAAUCUUUUUAUUUUUUCAGUGGACAAUGACCGGCACUUACAAACAAAUUUAAAAAACUGUGGAUUAUUUCACUCACUCCCCAGUGGAGAGAUUUUUAGCAGUGCUGGCCCACAACUAAUUGUUACUUUUAUUGUGAGAAAGAUUAAAUAUUACUGUUGCCUUAUUUUAUUUCCACACGUAUGCCCCGAUAUUGGGGGACAUUUACAGAGAUGUCAGUGAAAAAUUAUUAGCCAAAUAUAAUAAUAAAAUAAUAUCCAGCCUCUAUUUUCAUUAAACUCUGUUGCACUGCAAAGUACAUGAACAAGUUCAAAUAUCUUUUUUAUUUUCAUGUUUUUCAUUGUACAGAUCAUAUCAAUAACGUCAUUUAUUUCAUUAACUUAAAUAUCAAACUGCCGGACUGUAAGUGCAGGUAUAGCAUUGCUCUUAACUGGAAGGUCAAAGUUGUUUUAGCCAGCAGUUCAAAGGAUUGAGGGUGUGUGUGUGUGUAAUAUUGAAAGUGAUAGCAGUAAGUUAAAGUUGUACGUAAAUUAAUUGGAAGACACAGUAGGUGAAAUAAUACUGGGGUGAGUGCAGCGCUCACGGCCGGACUUUAACACUGCCAGAUUUAUGGGUGACUUUGCCACCAAGGAUAACUCAAAACAAAAUCUAUAUUUACUCGUAGCACUGAAAUGAAAGAAAGAUAAUGGUUGUGAGAUGUUAAUCAUAUUCAUUUGGACAGCAUUAUGAAUGUUCUAUGUCUAUGUCCUCUUAUAUUGCAACAUAGAUAUUACAGAGAGUGUUAAAUGUCUUUCAAGCAGGAGCAGAGAUACAUCAGAAUUUUUUGGUUUCAGGACUUCAGCAGAUGCUGCAUGAUUUUAUUUAAUUAUUGAAUAACUUAUUUUGACAGGGUUGUUUUGUGGCUUUUAAUUCCAGCCAAGCAGCAAUAUAGCAUAUUACACUAAGGAUGAUGAAAGAGAUGUUUGAUGUUCGGCUGCAGGUCAGAGUUAUUCUCCUGAUGGACAGAAUCCGUAUGUUUAUGUCGGCAAAUUAUUGGUCCGAACUUUGGGGGAACUUCUAACAGGAUUACUGAUUACUAUUACUGAUAAUUUGUCUUCAUAAGUGGGUUCAAAGUGAUGUCUGUGAGCUUGAGAUUUAUUUAUUUUUUUGACUAAGACUGGGCACCUGCCAGUCUGAACAUCUGUGUAAGCUUUUGGUUUCUUUGACUACUCUCCAUGUUUCAAACACCUUUUGAAAGUGCCUUUAACUGCAUUUUUUUUUUUUUUUUUGGACGAAUGAAAAACAAAGCUGCCCCGUUGGGACGAUGUUCUUUUAUCAGGUGCUCUGCUUCAAUGAUUCUGUACAUUGGCUGCCCCUCCUUAUUUCCACACGAUAGCAAUCUAUUUAUGACCAAGUUUCUUUAUAAUUUGAGUCAGGUUGAACGAAAUCUUUAUAAUUUGUUUAAGAUGUAUAUAUUUUGUAUCUGAUGUUUAAGGAUACAAUCAAUUGAUUGUUUUUCGGGUGUGUAAAGAUUUUCUUUUUAAUUCCAGAGAUUUUUAUUUUUUAGGGGGCAAAGUUAGAAGGAUCAAAUUAAAGAAUAUUGUUACAGUCUACACUGUCAUCACAUUCUCCAGCCAAGAAAGCAGCUCAGCGGAGUAUGUGCCAGUGAAUUAUUGCAAUACUUUUAAAAAUAGAAAUAUACACACAAAUAUUUUGACAUGAAAGGCGUAACAAUAUUUUGUGUCAUAGCUUCAUAACCUGAAGAUGUAGCCUAAAUUGAUAUAAAGAAAAAUAAAGUGCUAUGAAGCGAUGUGACCCUCACAGUGCAAAUAAAAGUUUUGUGUUGAAUA